AUGAAGUUUUUUCAUAUUUUGCUAGCCAUCAAUGUCGCGAAUUCUCAAUACGUCAGUGAACCAUUACUAUACUCUGCUCCUGGAGUGAAACCCGAUUCAUCGUCGUACAACAAUCCUGAGCAUUCAAUAAGACCCACUCCAAUUGCCACUUGGGUUCAAAGGUUAAAUGAAGGUGAAGAUGCUGAAAACAACCUUGAUGGAUCAGGAUCAGGGUUGCCAGAAACUAUUGAAGUUGAAGGCUCAGCUGCUGGUGAAGGAUCAGCUACGCGUCCGAAAGGAAUUGACAAUCAUGCUUCUGGCGAAGGAGCUGACGACUUUGAUCUCCUCAUGUCCAAAAUGGAUAAAAACAUGUUUGACAGCGGAAUUGCUUGUCCAAGCGACGUAAUGUUUGUUGUUGAUGCCACUUCCUCUGUUAAAGAUAUUUUUAAUCAAUCAAUCAUAUAUUUACGAAAGGUAGUCGAAGGCCUAGAUGUUUCUGAUCUCAUCGAUCAUGUCGGAGUGAUUGUCUAUAGCAGCGGAAAAAAACAAAAACUGAAGAUUCGCCUCGGGCAGUAUAACAAACGCUCAGACCUUGAUAAGGCGAUAACCGAUCUUCCAUUCUUCUCCGGCAUUACGGCUACUGGAGAAGCACUUAAGUUCGCCGCUGAUCACAGCGAAGAUAGGAGGAAUAAUGUGACCUUGAACUACGUGGUUCUCACUGAUGGCUACAGCUACGAUCUCAUUGAACAAGGAGCUAGAAAACUAAGAUCUAUUCCCAAUUCUGAAGUUUUUGCUGUGGCAGUUGGAGACUCAUUUGUCAAGAACGAACUUGAAAUGAUUACGUCAAAUCCAGACAACGUUCUUUAUGGUCCAACAUCUUAUGGAACUUUGGUUCGGAAAAUUAAGAGAUGUCAAGCGAAAUUGGAUUUUCAAAGAGAUGAAGAGGUUGAAACCAUAACGGUUCGUUACAUUCCCACUGCAACUGACUCUCAGGGCCGUCACUUAAUUCCAUCUCCGAGAUAUACCAAGAAUGGGGUGAUUCAUUUCAACGACAAGGUGAUUUUGACAAAAGAGCAAAUUGCCGAAAUUGAAAAACAAAUCAGUUUGAAUAAUUUGUCAGCAAUUCCCACCACCGAGGAACCGUUGUUGACAAAGGAUUGCGAAUACGAUUUGGGAAUCAUUUUUGAUGCUUCUGGAUCGUUGAUGCAGAAUUUUCAGAAACAACUGAAACUUGCUGACAAACUUAUCGAACAGCUCCCUAUUUCCGAAAAUGAUACACAUGUCGGAAUAAUUCAAUACGCCGGUAGAACCAAAAUCCGCGUUUUGUCCUCUUUCGAUGUUUUCUCGCCAAAGGCCAGUAUCAAAAAGACCAUUAUGAGUGCGAAGUUUUUCUCAGGAACCACAUUUACGAACCAAGCACUCAAUAGAAUGGCUAAUCUCUAUAAAAAUUCGAAAAGAAAAAACGCGCACAAACAAAUGGUUAUCUUCACUGAUGGAUACAGCGCUGAAGAUACAUCACAAGGAAUUGAGCUUCUGAAAUCACUAGGAGUUACAAUUUAUACCGUUGGAAUAACGGAUGGAACAAAUAUAAAUACACUUGAGUUAGAGGAAAUGGCAACUUCUCCAAAUUAUUAUUUCGAAGUCAACCAGUUUGACGAUUUGCUGCAGCAUUUCCCAUCAACUCAAUAUUGUUAA